GUCCUUGCAAAAUCGGAGUAGUUUUGCGCUAGAAGAGAAUGUGAGAGCAGGCAACACAGUGUUAAAAAACAUCGGAGCGUGUGAGAGCAGGGAACAAACGAAUCAAAGGUUAGAUAAAGGACCAGAUGGUGUUAAAAAAAAUAAACAAGUGCGCACAUUCAGAACUUCGGCAAGGAAAAAUAUUGCACCUGGGAACAAGUUUUUAAUGAGGCUAGAUCAGUAUUACAACACUCUGAAAAUGGUGCUGAUUCUGGGUGUUACAAGUAUGGUAAAGCUGGACAGACUUCUUCCGAAUGUCAAGGCUUCAAAUGGUCUCCUUGACUCAGGAAGACAAACUUAA